CGCUCGUGUUUUUUCGGGGACGCUUCUUUGCGUGUUCUGCCCUGCGCUCGUGCCCGUUCUCCUCGAGGCCGAGGUCUCAGGUUGGUGACACGGACUGAGGCUUCGCACAAUAUUAUAUAGACACAAACUGACUGAAGACGGGAGACGGAAUCGCUGACAGCGGAUCAUUGUGAGGCGGCUAAAGCCGUAAAGGAACCCCUUUGCUCCCACGAGAGGCUCCUGUGCUCUGCGGGGCGGUGGGUGGGUGGCUGGGGGGGGAAACUGUCACGGAGAGAAAUACCUGCUUCACCACUGAUCGGCUGCUUUAUUACACUUCCCGUCUUCAUUAGACAGAAAAAAAAUAUCCUUCCUGCUUGUCCAGGACUUAUCCUCGAGAAGUCAUUACUUCAAAGCUGACACUGUGGGUGCUGUGUGUCCAGACAGGUAAAAAGUGACAUCUGUGUGUGUGUGUGUGUGUGUGUGUGUGUGUGUGUGUGUGUGUGUGUGUGUGUGUGUGUGUGUGCGCGCGCAACUUUUCAGGCGGUAACUGGUACCAUUUGACAGGCCACUAUCACUCCACACUGCGCAUGUUACGUUCCCCCGACAUGAGAAUAAACACAUCAUCUUCAUCAACAUCAAACACAUCAUUUGCAGUUGAGUGACCCACUUGUCACCUGCUUUAGGGCUCCAAACUGAAGGAUUGUAGGAGUUUUGCUUGCUCAAGUACAUUUAAAAAAAAAAUAAGAAGUUAUUUUUAUAUUUAUGAGGAUGUAUAUUCUGAUUUCCAGCCACUCUAGUUUUGGGCAUAUUGCUUGAACAAAUUCUCCAUAAUCUGUUUUAAAUGGAUUGUACCCAGCUCACUCAGACAUAACCAGCAUGCACAGACUGUACUUGUAAAUGUUUCUGAGAGUAGUAAAGUAUAUAUAUAUAUUUAUAUACACAUUGCAUAAAUCAGUAAGCAAUAAGUGUAUGAGCAGAGAGCAGCAAUAAGCUUUCUCAUUACUGCACUGUGACUAUGACCAAAGCCAAAGUACAGCAGACGGGAAAAACUUGUGCUUCCAGUGUCAUCCAUUUUCAAUAACUCAUACCAUCUGUUUUAAUGUAUAAAUGUUAUAAGGAGUUCUCUUUCCCACAGAGACCAUUCUUUUUUUCCCCAAAAGUAACACUUUUCAAGGUCAGGCCAGCUGCAUAGCCCUCAAAAACUAAGGCUUUGCAUCUUGUCUUCCACCAGUCCUGCACAACCUUUUCCAGUUCUCUCCAACCUCCCUUUGAAUGGAAUUUGCAUACUGUACUCUAUAAACCAUUAACAGUCUUCCUAAACUCAUCUCUGUCAUCGGUGAAACAGAUCUACCGUGGCUGCUUGUGACGUUCCUUUAUAGGCCGGUCGACCAGGACGUUCACCAGUACGGACGGAAAAAAGUGCCACCAACCCACGCUUGCAAGAUUAUACAUAGUUGAAGAAAAGCCUUGAAGACAAUUAGUGCUGGAAAUCCAAAGGAGCAGAACUUUACAUGUUCACAUUUCAGGCUGGGCUCAGAUCUGCUGGGUCUGGAAUCAGCGGUCAAGCAAAGACACAUUUAGAGCAGAGUUUUGACUCAGGAGCCACAAUCGUCUCACAAAAGCGCCAUUGACGGGGUGGGUGGUUAACAUCCCAACUUGUUUUGCUCCCCCAGUACACAGUGAACAUGGUCCAGUGUGAAUGCAGACUGAGGAAGAAGAAGUAGAGGAGCAUUCAGCCGAGCGGCAAGGGGUCUUCUGAGCGUAGCUCGUCUUUCCUUUUUUCUGAGGACCUUUUUUCAAGUCACAUUGGUCAAGGCAAGGAGUAACAGCACAACAGAAGCGGGGUUUUGUGUGAAAAUCCACUCUUUGCGACCUCCUGGAUCUACGUUCUUAUCUUCCUCUUCCUCAACAGCGGGGCUACCCUGGCCCACAUUCCCUACCAAGCCAGACGUGUGUUGCCUGCCGUCAGCAUGUCUGCAGUGUGGCUUCUACUGGCUACGACCCUGCUCUGCGCGACGCAUGCCCCUCAGUGCCAUGCUGCAUGCGUGGAGGUGGAUUCGGACACCGAGGCUGUGGCCGGACAAGGAUUCAAGCUGGGCUGCAUCUCGUGCAAGAUGAGGGGGGAGGUCCCUGCCACCGCCAGCGUCGACUGGUUCUUCAAGGCCAAAGGCGAAAGCGAAUAUGAACAUAUAUACAACUAUGAGGACAAGACUCCCACGAUCACAGAUGAACGCUUUGAAGACCGACUGGACUGGAACGGCAGCAAGAAGACAAAUGACUUGCAGGAUGGCUCCAUCUACAUCCUCAACGUCACCUACAAUGACUCGGGAGUCUACCAGUGCUUCUUCAAGCGCACCCUUUCGUACACUUAUUAUGAGUUCAACACCAAUGCCACCAAAAUCAUCCACAUCAAUGUGGUGGCUAAGGCCACCAGGGGCAUGGCAUCCAUAUUGUCGGAGGUGAUGAUGUACGUGUCCAUCAUUGGCCUGCAGUUAUGGCUGGUGGUGGAGAUGGUCUACUGUUACCGGAAGAUAGCGGCAGCUGGAGAAGAAGCGUUAAGAGAGAGCGCAGCGGAAUAUUUAGCUAUAGCCUCGGAGAGUAAAGAUAACUGCGUUGGGGUGCAGGUAGCAGAAUAGCACAGGGCUAAAGCAUCUCCCCAAAUGACGCCCUUGAUCGACCCACAGUACAGUCCAACUUACUUCCCAUAAACUCUGUCAUCACAGCCCCGUUCUGCCCCUGACAUCAGUCAGCAGGCGCUACAUGAGAGGGAUGCCGUUCAUCUUUUUCUACUGCAAGCAAGAACGAUACAUGUUCCGCGGGACUGCUCUAAUGAGAAGACAAUGAACUUUGGCACUUGUCUUUUGUGCAGGACAAUUUUGGCACUGAAAAUAGAACAUUUCUACAAAUCAGUAAGAGAAACAUAGUAAAAUAGCAUGAUCAUGUUUUACACCAAAAGGUUCAUAGUAAACCUCAGUACAUACUGUAUAUAAUAAUUAUAAUAAUAUAUGAUAAUAUAUAAUAUAAUACUAUCCUG